AUGAUGGUCGCCAACGCAACUAUGUUGUCAUCAAUCACCCAGCUAACGUCCCACGUCAAAUGCGCCAGGAAAGGCAAGCGGGCACUCCGAGAGCACUGGUUGGUCGCCAACGCAAUUAUGUUGUCAUUAAUGAGCCAGCCAAUAUCUCAUUUCAAAGAGAGAUUGAAGGAACAAUUCCUGCCUGAUGGUGCAGAAUAUCAACCGGCAUGA